AUGCUGCACUCAAAUGAUCUUGUUAAGGUACGUAAUAAAUGCGGUUUUUCUGAUGGUUUAUGCUUAAGUAGUAGAGGUAAUUCGGGUGGUAUUGGGUUAUGGUGGCGCGAGAUUAACUUGGAAAUAUCGUCUUUUUCCGAGCAUCAUGUAGAAGCCACUGUUAAAAAUAAUGAGGGGCAUCCGGUUUGGAGGGCGGUGGGGAUUUAUGGGUGGCCUGAAACAGAACAUAAAUACAAGACGUGGGAACUUAUGAGGACUUUACGUGGAGAGGGGUCACUUCCUACUGUCAUCUUUGGUGAUUUCAAUGAAAUAGUAUCUAUGACUGAAAAAGAUGGUGGUGCUGUUAGAGGGGAGAGGCAAAUGGAUGAUUUUCGGGAGGCUAUUGAUGAUUGUUCAAUGAGCGAUUUGGGUUUUCAUGGGAGCUGUUUUACAUGGAAAAGGGGUAACUCUCGAGCUACUCUUAUUCGAGAGUGUCUGGAUCGAUUUAUGGGGUGUGCUAGAUGGCGCGAGCUUUUCCCAUGGUGGCAUGUCACUCACCUCCCUAUAUACAAGUCUGACCACGCGCCAAUUUUGCUUAAGGCUGGGUUACGUGAUCCUCGCGGCUCGGGUGGUAGGAGCUUCAAGUUUGAAUCACUUUGGCUAUCACGGGACGAGUGUGAUCAGGUGGUGUCUGAUUCAUGGACUAGGGAGACGGGGGAUGAUAUUGAUAAAAGAAUAGGGCUGCUGGCGCUUGAUUUAUCGAAGUGGGCCGCGUCUACUUUUGGUAAUAUUAAGAAGAAGAUUAAGGAGACGGAGACUCAACUGAAGGCGGCGCAAAGUAAUCUUCCUGAUGCGAUUAUGUUUGAUAGGUGUAAUGAGCUGUCGACGAAGUUAGAUGAAUUACAUAGAAUGGAGGAGUCUUAUUGGCAUGCGCGGGCACGUGUGAAUGCAGUUCGUGAUGGUGAUAAGAAUACGAGUUAUUUCCACCACAAAGCGAGUCAGAGGCGCAAAAGGAAUAGAAUUUGUGGAUUGAUGGAUUCGAAUAACACAUGGCAUACGGAGGAUGACUCAAUUAACGAGAUAGUUCAUGCCUAUUUCGAUGUUUUAUUUAAAGGGGGCACCCCAACGGGGUUUGAUGAGGCCACGGCAGGUCUGUGCUCGCGGGUUACGUACCAAAUGAAUCAGGCUCUAGAUGCGGCUCCUUCAGGGGAAGAGGUUCGACAGGCUUUGUUUCAAAUGCACCCAAACAAGGCGCCGGGACCGGAUGGUAUGCACGCUCUAUUUUUUCAGAAAUUUUGGCAUGUGAUUGGGCAGGAUGUUAUUACUUUUGUUCAGAAUUGGUGGGUGGGAAAUAAUGAUUUAUCUGCAAUAAAUAAAACGUGUAUUGUUCUGAUUCCCAAAUGUGCUGAGCCUAAAUGUAUGGGGGAUUUUCGUCCAAUCAGUUUGUGUAAUGUCUUGUAUAAAAUUGUGUCAAAAGUCAUGGCUAACAAACUGAAACAGUUUCUGGGGGACAUCAUAUCUUUGCAACAAAGUGCUUUUGUUCCAAAACGGUUGAUAACAGAUAAUGCUUUGGUUGCGUUUGAAGUGUUCCAUGCUAUGAAGAGAAGGACGGAAGGUGCAGAGGGGUCCAUAGCUCUGAAACUUGAUAUGAGCAAAGCAUAUGAUCGUGUGGAGUGGAGCUUUCUGAUGUGUGUGAUGGAAAAGUUGGGUUUCAGUGAGGCAUGGAUUUAUCGGCCGCACGAGAACGGGCUAUCCAUUACGGUUUGUAGGGGUGCACCACGGGUUUCUCAUCUUUUCUUCGCGGAUGACAGUAUUCUUUUUGCAAAAGCUACGUUGCAAGAAUGCUCUAGAGUUGCUGAUAUUAUCAGUACAUAUGAGAGGGCAUCGGGUCAAAAGGUCAAUCUCAGCAAAACGGAGGUAGCUUUCAGUAAAAAUGUUCCUGCAGAUCGAAGAAAGGAUAUUGUUGAGACUCUUGGGGUGAGGGAAGUUGAUCGCCAUGAGAAGUAUCUGGGUCUCCCGACUAUUAUUGGCAGAUCAAAAAAAGCGGUGUUUGCCUGUUUGAAAGAGAGAAUAUGGAAGAAGCUUCAAGGGUGGAAAGAGAAAUUGUUGUCUAGACCGGGAAAGGAAAUAAUGAUUAAGGCGGUGGCACAGGCAAUUCCUACCUACAUGAUGAGUAUUUUUAAAAUUCCUGAUGGACUACUUGAUGAGAUUCAUUCUCUAUUUGCCCGCUUUUGGUGGGGAUCUACUGAGUCUCACAGAAAACUUCACUGGCAUAAGUGGGAGGAUUUAUGUCUACCUAAGGCUAUGGGGGGAUUGGGGUUUCGGGACUUGAAGAGCUUCAAUAUGGCCCUAUUAGCUAAGCAAGGUAGAUGGAAUGCAGCGAUGCUCAAUGUGACGUUUGGGGCUCAUGAUAGGCGGCUGGUUUGGGAUAUCCCGCUUUCCCAACCUUGGAGUUCGGAUGUGCUGUACUGGUGGCCUAAUAAAGAUGGUGUGUUUUCUGUAAAGUCGGGGUACUGGCUCGCUAGAAAGGGAUGCGUUAAUUCGUGGCAACUUCAGCAUAGUACGGAGGAGAUGGACCAAUGGCGCCAUGUUUGGAAGCUUGAGGGCCCUCCGAAGCUGCUCCACUUCCUCUGGCGGGCGUGUCGGGGCAGUCUUGCGGUGAGGGAACGGUUGAGAUAUAAACAUGUUAUAGAGGAUGUCACUUGUCCAGUCUGUGGCGGUGCCGAGGAGACCAUUACUCAUUCUCUCUUUUAUUGUAAAUAUGCUCAGGAAAUUUGGGAGAGUAGUAAGUUACAUGAACUCAUUGAGCAGGUCCCUCACUUAUCUUUUGCGGCUGCGUUUGAAUGGAUACAUGCUAAGGUAUGUAAAGCUGACUUUGUAAUUUUUGCAUCUUUAUGCUGGGCGGCGUGGUAUGCCAGAAAUCUUGUGGUGUUCGAAAAUGUAAAUCCGCAACCGUUAUCAAUUGCGCUGGGCCUUAUGAAGCUUGUUAAUGAUUAUAUGGAGUAUGCGCACAAGGUGUUUGUUCCACGGGUAAUGGCUCGAUCCUCGGCUGUGUGUAGAUGGAGCCCUCCUCCUAAUGAUUUUAUCAAGCUAAAUGUGGAUGCGCAUGUUAUGGAUGGUGUUGGGGUGGGUUUUGGGGGUGGUGGCCCGAGAUUCUGGUGGUCAGGUGGUUGGAAUGACGGUGUGUCGCUGCAGUCAACGAUGGGAUGCUGCUAUGGCCGAGGCGGGUGCUUUGAAAUUUGGGUCGCAGGUGGCUGGAGAACGGGUAAUACUGUUGCUCACUUAGCUGCUAGAUGGGAGAUUGAGAUGGACUCUGAAACUGUAUGGUUUGAUUCUUUUCCCCAAAGCAUUUUAGCUUUGGCGGAAAUUGAUUUAAUAUAA